UUCGCACCACAUCAUCCCGCAAACGCCGCGGCCAAACAAACCAGCCAGGCCACCCUUCUCCUCCUCCUCCUCCUCCCGCGCCGCGCGACCAGCUCGAACGGAUGCGAGGCCACGCCACGGGGCCCGAGUAGGGAGGGAGGGAGCCCCCCCCCCCCGCCCCGGCAAUGGCGGCGCACCACCCGCCGCACCACGGGCCCGUCGCCGCCGGGGACGCCAAGAAGACCCACCUCGGCGACCACCUCUUCCUCCCCAAGAAGCUCGUCGGCGGCGCCGGGCCCUCGGCCGUGAAGCUCGCGCUCGUCUCCUUCCUCGCCGUCAUCCUCGUUCUCGCCGUCGACCUGUCCCUCACCGGCGCCGGCGCGCACCGCCGGCUGAGGCACCAGUACCAGCAUUACCUCGGCGACGGAGGGGAUGGCGCGGGCGGGGGCGGGGACGGAGAUGGCGUGGCCAAGGAUAACGCGCUUCCUUGGCUGUCCGUGCCGGACCCUUCCAACUUCACGGAGGAGCUCCUCGCUCGGUGGCUGACCCCCGGGGGUUCCCCGUGCCGCGACUCCCGUACGGCCAACAUCUCCAUCCCUGUUCUUGACGACGACGCGGCGGCGGGCGAGGUGACCGCGCUGGGCUCCGCCGAGAUCCACGAGUUCACGUUCUGGGCGCUGGACGACGCCGGCCAGCGGCGCUGCCUUGGCGGGGACUUCUUCGAGAUUGAUCUCUCCGGGGACGAGUGGAAAUCGCGGCCCCCCGUCGUGGACCACGGCGACGGCUCCUACUCCUUCCGCCUCCAGGUCCCGCCCCGCUUCGCCGAGGGGGAUUUCCACCUCACUAUCAUCCUCCUGUUCCGCAGCUUUGAGGGUCUCAAGUUCUCCUCCCUGAGGUUCAAGUACCGCGCCGAGAUGCGCCGGAUUCCUCUCCUAUUCCGACCAAGCAACUCGUCGCUCUCGCUCCCGGCAUUGGAGACUUGCCGCGCCGCCGACUUCGCGCGCGACGUGUGGUCCGGCCGCUGGACGCGCCUAGCCAAGAACGACAACUGCGAGGAGGUGGACGACGCCGGAAGGUACCGGUGCCUGGAGCCGGAGCACCCAUGCGAGGCGCCAUGGUGCGCUGGCCCACUGGGCGCGCUGGAGAGCAACGGGUGGGUCUACUCGGCGCACUGCUCGUUCAAGCUCUUCACGGCCGACGCCGCGUGGCGGUGCCUGGACGGCAAGUGGCUCUUCUUCUGGGGCGACUCCAACCACGUCGACACCAUCCGCAACCUCCUUACCUUCGUUCUCGGCGUCACAGACACGUCCGUCGUGACACGCCGGUUCGAUGCCGUGUUCACGAACCCCAGCGGCGGGCCGGGGACUGUGAGGAUCACGAGCAUUUUCAAUGGCCACUGGAACAUGAGCAUGAACUAUCUCGGUCUGCAUUCCCUCCGGAACAAGGGGUUCAGGCAGCUUGUCCGCUCAUACUUCUUGGCCGAUGACCAUGUCCCGGACAUUGUCAUACUGAACUCCGGUCUGCACGAUGGGUGCUACUGGACCAGCAUCCGAGCAUACGUGCAGGCUGCUGAGUACGCUGCAAAAUUCUGGGCUGGAAUUAUGGCUGAUGUAGAAGCGCGUGGGCAUGCCUCGCCGAGAGUGUUCUACCGGACGACCAUUGCGACUGGCGGGUAUGCUCGAGACCUGGCAUUCAAUCCCAACAAGAUGGAGGCGUUCAACAGUGUGCUCGUCGAGAAGCUGAAGCGUCAUGGGGUGCUCAGUGGUGGGCUGAUCGACAACUUCGAUAUGACCUUCCCAUGGCACUACGACAAUCGUUGCAAUGACGGCGUUCACUAUGGCCGUGCACCGGCGAAGUUGGUAUGGCGGGAUGGCAAGGUUGGGCACCAGUAUUUCGUGGACCUCAUGCUGGGCCAUGUGCUCCUCAAUGCCAUCUGCAAUGGAUGAAGAUUUCUGCUUCCAUGCUCAGUAAGUUCAUGCGGCUUAAUUGUGUAAACUAGAGUAGGAUCCUCAGGGAACUGAAUUUGAUUAGACAAAAUUACUGGCAUUGAAUCAGUUUCAGUUCCUGAUAUCACGUGUACAUCUGAUAUGGGGGUGGGGCUUAGCUGAAGCAUGUAUAGUGAGACGUCUGAUCUUUCAGCUAUGUUAGUUGGAUCUUGCCCUAGUGGGCGAGGAAGACCGGGUUCGACCGGAGCUAGCUAUGAGCGAAAAUCAAGUUGAUGUAAAUACAUAACAAGGCUGUUUGAGGAGGCUUAAUGAAUAUACGAAUUUAGUAGGUUAUAUUGUAUUGUGUGUUCAUAGUACUUAGUAACAUUCAGUUGCAUAUUAUUAUUUCUGUGGUUGCAUGUAUAGAAAUGGUACAUGGUUGAGUGACU